AUGCGGCGGUCGGCGGUGGGCGGCGGGGCUCGGGCAGGGGCGCCUCCGGGGGGCGCUCUGGGCCCCGACCCCGGGCGGGGCGGGCGGGGCGGGCGGGGGGCGGGCCCGCGGCCCCUUCCUGCGCAGUCGGCGGCCCGCGCUCCCGGCCAGGGCGGCCAGGGCGGCGUCGCGGCCCCGCAGGCCCCCAGCCCGGCUCUCGACUUGGCCCCGGACACCUUCGUCAUGCGGGUGCUGCUGGAGGACACCGGGGAGACCUUCCAAGUGGCGAACUGCCGCGGCGACAUGACGGUGCGGGAGCUCAAGGAGGAGCUGGACCUCCUGGUCGGCGUCCCCCUGGACCUGCAGCGGCUCCAGUACCUGGACCAAGGAGUUUUGAUGGAUGAUGCUACGCUGAAGUUCCAUGAUGUUGUUCCUGGUGGAAUUAUUUCAUUAUGUAUCUGGCAUUAUGAUGGAUGGACGGAACUGGUUUUGGCGGCUGUGGAAGGGGAUCCCAGUAAGCUGUCUUGCCUUGGUGUUGACGAGGACUCUCUGUACCGAACGGCCAACUCGCAGCAUUACGAGCGCAAGCAGUGCAAGGCCUGGAUAGCCCAGAGGGCCUUCGUGGCCCUGUACGUUACGUCUCACAGAGGUCACCCGGAUGCUGUGCAGUACCUUCUAGAACAUGGAGCCAACUGUCUCAGCAAAACCCCCAUGGGCAGGACGGCCCUGCAUGUGGCUGCAGCCAUGGGCCGUUUGGACUGUAUAAACCACCUGCUCGAUUACGGAGCCUCCAUACAUGAAAAGGAUGCCCGGGGGGAGACCCCCAUGUCCAUCGCCCGGCGCAUGAACCGCAAGCACAGUGAGCGACGCAUGUUCCUCUUCUACUGGAUGUCAAGGCUGGGGACAAAGGACCCAAAGAACUUGAUCAAGAACAAGGUUUUUCUCAGAGCAAAGUCUGGGUUUGGCUCCAAGAAGAGCCCAGUCUAACUCCCACUGGGAACGUCGGCCCCUCGAAGCGGACUCGGGAAACUUUUCGGAGUUCAAAUUCACGCACGGUGGCCCUUGGUGAGCAGGAAGCCCAGAAAACAUGGCAAUUAAUCUGAAUCAGAUACUAAAUUAUCUGUCCUGUUUGCAAAUGACUUGGGGAGGGUGUUGAUGGAAGUAGGUGAGUUUGUGUUCGUUCCGUAAUCCAUUACGGCCCGAGCAGGCUCUGAUGCCAGCCGUUAAUUUUAAGCUAUUUGUACGUUGUAUCCAAUAACGCUCUUGGGGUGAUGGGAGCCAAUUACCUUCUCUGGCGUCCGGAGACCAUCUAAUGCAUCAGCAUAAUAGAAGUAAUAGCAACGAUGAGAACAGCGCUGUGGCUGUCGCCCAGAACACGUGCUGGCAGAUGUCGGGAGGUCACGUGCGGGGUGGGCUGUGAAUUUCAGUUUGUAGAACUCAGGAAUGGCAGGAUGGAACGGGAUGUUCCAGAAGUUUUCCUGAGCCAUCUCUGAGGCUCAUUGUCUGAGGGGUCUGCUGCUGGGACCGGGGUGUGGGGACGAGGGGCAAAGAGCAGAGAGCUUGGUUCUCCAGUCACGUCGCCCACAGGGUGCCUUAUUAGUCUUCGUGAAAGGUGAUCAGUUGCCGUUGGGUUUGGAGGAGGCCGUGUAGAGAAGGAGGAGGAGCUCAUAGAGGAGAGAAUCAGAGCUGGCACCUUCUUUCCUUUGGUCCCAACCCCAGUGGUCCAAGCACCCCCCACCCCCCGCCAUGGCACCCCACUUCCUCCAGCGUUUUCCUUCCCUCCUAGAACCAUGGCAAUGCCAUCAUCCCUCCUAUGGUUAGUUCUAGGCUCUGGGCUUCACAAGGGCUGCGGACCUGCGGGUGCCCAGCCUGGCCUGUGUCCGAGCUGGGGGUGGGAGCCCAAAGGGACGGUGGGGAGCAGGGCUGGCUGACAUGCACACCCCUGUCUGACGGCGGCGCCAUGAAUCAGCUCCAGCCGAACCGUGAGCCAAAGGCUGCUAGAUUUUUCUAGAGCCUUUGGAUAGGAUAUAUUCUGAUUUUUUAAGUGCUGGCUUGGAUUUAUAAAGAACCGCGGCAUGGUACAGAAGGGGUAGCCGAUUUGAGGCCCACCUGUGGGACUGCCUCCUAUUGCCAAACUCUACCCCAUGUCACUGAGGAAAAGUGGCAGAAACAACUCCAACCUCCUGGGACAUUUGCGGCUCAGAAGCCACAGGCUGGAACGGCCACGGGUCUUGCUGGGCGACAGGUACCGUCCACACUCCCACCCCGCGGUUUCGGAUGUUUCUCUACGGCCCUAUAAUCUGACACGACCUCUGGGAUCUGUGUGACAAUGGUCUCUCGACUGUGGAAGUUCUGUCUUUAAGGUGAUGGGAAACAGCACCGUAUCCCGGCCGCCCUUCUUUCCCACAUACAUCCCGAUAACUGGAUUCGGCUUUUAAAUUAAUUGGCUGCAUUUCCUGCUGUCAUAACAAGGAAGAUCCGUGUUGAUGAUGUGGCUUUACACUCGGUAGACGUGGCUGUACCCAGCUCAGCAAUCUGUUUGACAAAUAAUAGUCAGAAAAAAAAUAUAGCUCAGCAUCAACUAUGUCAAAACUGAGAUCUUGUUUUUGGCAGACAUUCUCCAAAGUCAGUAGACAGAUAUUAAAUAACCCCAUCCAUUGGGUCAAUUCA